GCGGGCGCGCCGCCGCUUCCUCCUCCCGCGGUCCCGGAUGCGCCUAGCGGAGCGGCGCCGCCUCGACCGCCGCCCCCAGGCCUCAGCCGGACGCGGCCGGAGUGCGGUCCAGCCUCGGGAUAUCACGUCAUGUCAGUGACCUGCGGUACAUGAUCCUCGAGUCUGGCCGCUCCUUGGCGUCUCUCGACUGGUCCUGGUGUGGGCAUGUCACUGGCUUGGUCCCUGCGUUGCUGAGGCUCCGCGUGUGGCUGCUCCAGCGCCGUGUGCCUUUGCCAGGUGAAGAUACAACUUUACCGCGUUAAGUUUAGGGACUUGAAUUCUCUUCAGAGCUUUAGAGAACCUUAAGUUGGAUUAAAAAGGGGGGCGAUAAUGCACCAUGGCAGCGGCCCUCAGAGCGUCCAGCACCAGCUGCAGAGGCCCCGGGCCUUCGCCAGCAGUGAAGAGGAGCAGCAGGCCCACCCAAAUCCACCCCAGUCCCCGGCCACGCCCUUCGCGCCGUCGGCCAGCCCGUCUGCGCCUCAGUCGCCCGGCUACCAAGUGCAGCAGCUGAUGAGUAGGAGUCCCGUGACCGGGCAGAACGUGAACCUCGCCCUUCAGAGCGUCGGACCAGUGGUGGGGGGAAACCCCCAGAUCACGCUCGCCCCUCUGCCGCUCCCCAGCCCCGCUUCUCCAGGUUUCCAGUUCAGCGCCCAGCAGAGGCGCUUUGAGCAUGGCUCUCCGUCGUACAUCCAGGUCACUUCGCCGCUGUCACAGCAGGUGCAGACUCAGAGCCCCACCCAGCCCAGUCCCGGGCCGGGGCCGGGCCUGCAGAGCGUGCGGGCAGGCACCCCCGGCCCCGGCCUGGGCCUUUGUAGCAGCAGUCCCGCCGGGGGCUUCGUGGACGCCAGCGUGCUGGUGAGGCAGAUGAGCUUGAGCCCGUCCGGGGGCGGGCACUUUGUGUUUCAGGAGAGCUCGGGCCUCGCCCAGAUGGCUCCGGGCACCCAGGUGCAGCUGCAGCACGCGGGGGCUCCCAUCGCGGUCCGAGAACGGAGACUGUCACAGCCCCACGCGCAGUCCGGGGGCACCGUCCACCACCUGGGACCUCAGAGCCCCGCGGCCGCGGGCGCGGCCAGCCUGCAGCCCCUGGCCAGCCCCGGCCACAUCACCACCGCGAGCUUGCCCCCCCAGAUCAGCAGCAUCAUCCAGGGGCAGCUGGUCCCGCAGCAGGUGCUGCAGGGGCCGCCGCUGACCAGACCCCUGCUGCCCGGGGUCGGGGUCGGGGUCGGGGGGGCUUCGGCCUUUGGGAUGACGUCCCCGCCGCCCCCCACGAGCCCUUCCAGGACCACGGUGGCCCCGGGCCUCUCCAGCCUUCCUCUCACAUCUGCGGGGAGCGCGGGGGUGAGGAAGGCUCCCAAGAAGUUGGAGGAGAUUCCCCCGGCCUCUCAGGAGCUGGCCCAGAUGCGGAAGCAGUGCCUGGACUAUCACUACAGAGAGAUGGAGGUGUUGAAGGAGGCCUUCAAGGAGUACCUGAUUGAGUUGUUCUUCUUGCAACACCUCCAAGGGAACAUGAUGGACUUCUUGGCUUUUAAGAAGAAGCAUUAUGCUCCGUUGCAAGCUUAUCUUAGGCAGAAUGAUUUGGACCUGGAGGAGGAGGAGGAGGAGGAUGAGGAGGAGGAGGAGGAGGAGGAAGAAAAGUCUGAGGUUAUCAACGACGAGGUAAAGGUUGUGACAGGAAAGGAUGGGCAGACUGGUACUCCCGUUGCUAUAGCAACCCAGCUUCCGCCAAAUGUUUCUGCUGCUUUUUCAACCCAGCAGCAACCGUUUCAGCAGCAAGCUCUCGCGGGGGCCCUUGUGGCAGGGGCCGGAAGUGUGGGCGAAGCGGACCCCUUUAAGAGGCAGCAGGCGGGGCCCCCAGCAGAGCAGUCUAAGAGGCCUCGGCUUGAAGUGGGCCACCAGGGGGCAGUUUUCCAGCACCCGGGGGCGAAUGCAGGCGUUCCUCUUCAGCAGCUAAUGCCGACAGCUCAAGGAGGGAUGCCUCCUGCCCCUCAGGCCGCUCAGCUCGCCGGACAGAAGCAGAGCCAGCAGCAGUACGACCCGACCACGGGGCCUCCGGUGCAGAACGCCGCCAGCCUGCACACCCCGCCGCCGCAGCUCCCUGGCAGGCUGCCCCCGGCCGGCCUCCCCGCCGCGCCCCUCCCGCCGGCGCUGCAGUUUGCUCAGCAGCCGCAGGCGGUGGAGCCCCACGCGCAGCUCCAAGUCCCGGCCAAGGCCCAGCCGCCGAGCGUCCCUGUGCCCGCGCCCCCGCCCGGCCAGCUGCCCGCCCCGCCGCCGCAGCCCGUGCCGCAGGCCCCGCACGCCCCGAUGCCUGGGAAGGCUCAGAUGCAGGCCGCCCCGCUCUCCCAGCCGCAGGCGGUGGCGUCCACCAGACCACCCGUGGACCCCGCCCAGCCUUGUCAGCGGCCCCCACCAGCUGCCUCUUCUACCUCGUCCCUCGCUCCCGCCAGCGGCUCUGGCCCAUCGCCAGCACGGGCCUCCACAGGGAACAGACCCUCCUCGGCAGCCAGCAAGUCACUGUCUCCAGUCACCUCCCGGUCCCCAGGGGCAGCCGUGUCAGCACCCCCGAAACCGCAGAGCCCAGCUCAGAACGCCGCCCCGCCCCAGGACAGCUCUCAGGAUAAGCUGGCAGAACAGAUAGCACUGGAGAACCAGAUCCAUCAGCGCAUCGCAGAUUUGAGGAAAGAAGGCCUGUGGUCCCUCCGGCGACUGCCCAAACUGCAGGAGGCCCCGCGCCCCAAGUCGCACUGGGACUACCUGCUGGAGGAGAUGCAGUGGAUGGCCACGGACUUCGCCCAGGAGAGGAGGUGGAAGAUGGCCGCGGCCAGGAAGCUCGUCAGGACUGUGCUGCGCCAUCACGAGGAGAAGCAGCUUCGUGAGGAAAGGGGAAGGAAGGAGGAGCAGAACCGAUUGAGACGAAUUGCUGCCUCGACUGCCAGGGAAAUAGAGUGCUUUUGGUCAAAUAUUGAACAGGUCGUGGAGGUGAAACUGCGAGUGGAAUUGGAGGAGAGAAGGAAGAAGGCCUUAAAUUUGCAGAAGGUUCCCAGGAGAGGAAAAGAGUCGAGACCUAAGGGGCUUGAUGUCUUGCCAGAAGCUUUCCUGGAGUCAGCACUGUCUGGAAGGAAAAGGAAAGCUAGCACAUCCCUGACCGAUGACGAAGUGGAGGACGAGGAGGAGACCAUAGAAGAGGAAGAAGCCAGCGAGGGGGCCGUGGACCAUCAGGCGGAGCUGUCCAGUUUGGCCAAAGAAGCCGAAUUGCCCUUAAUCGAUUUGAUGAAGUUGUACGAAGGAGCUUUUCUGCCCAGUUUCCAGUGGCCGCAGCCGAAGCCUGACAGUGAGGAGGCGAGUGAAGAAGAAGAUGUGGAAGACUGCCCGGCCGAGAGCCGGAAGGACGUGGUUCUCAUCGACUCGCUGUUCAUCAUGGACCAGUUUAAGGCCGCAGAGAGAAUGACUAUCGGGAACCCUCACACAAAGGACAUCGCGGAGGUGACCGCUGUGGCCGAAGCCGUCCUGCCCAAGGGCAGUGCCCGGGUCAGCCCCACGGUGAAGUUGAACGCCCCAUCUCUGUUGUAUGGCGCGCUCAGAGAUUACCAGAAGAUCGGCCUGGACUGGCUGGCCAAGCUCUACCGGAAGAGCCUCAAUGGUAUAUUGGCAGACGAAGCCGGGCUUGGUAAAACCGUACAGAUCAUUGCUUUUUUUGCCCACCUGGCUUGCAACGAAGGCAACUGGGGCCCUCAUCUCGUGGUCGUGAGGGGCUGUAGCAUCCUCAAGUGGGAGCUCGAGCUGAAGCGCUGGUGUCCCGGGCUCAAAACCCUCUUGUACGUGGGCAGCCGCCGAGAGCUGAGAGCAAAGAGACAGGAGUGGACGGAGCCCAACAGCUUCAACGUGUGCGUCGCGCCCUACAAGCACUUCUUCAGGGGCUACGCGUCCUUCACGCGGGUGCGGUGGAGGUGCCUGGUCAUCGACGAGAUGCAGCGCGUCAAGGGCAUGACUGAGAGGCACUGGGAGGCCGUGUUCACCCUGAGGAGCCAGCAGCGCCUGCUCCUGAUGGACGCGCCGCCGCACAACACCUUCCUGGAGCUGUGGACCAUGGUGCACUUCCUCAUCCCCGGCGUCUCCAGGCCCUACCUGCACCCGCCGCUCAAGGCCCCGAGCGAGGAGAACCAGGACUACUACCACAAAGCGGUCAUCCGCCUGCACCGGGUGACCCAGCCCUUCAUCCUGAGGAGGACGAAGAGGGACGUGGAGAAGCAGCUGACAAGGAAGUACGAGCACGUGCUCAAGUGCCGGCUGUCGAGCCGGCAGAAGGCCCUGUACGAGGACGUGAUCCUACAGCCCGGGACGCAGGAGGCGCUGAAGAGCGGGCACUUCGUGGACGUGCUGAGCAUCCUGCUGAGGCUGCAGCGUAUCUGCAACCACCCGGGGCUGGUGGAGCCGCGGCUCCCGGAGUCGUCCUACACGGCGGGGCCCCUGCGGUACCGCUCCGCCUCCCUCGUCCUCCAGGCACUCGACGGAGACUCCCGGAAGGAAGCGGAUCUCUCUGUAUUUGAUCUUAUUGGUCUGGAGAAUAAAAUGACCCGCCACGAAGCGGAACUGCUGUGUAAGAAGAAGGUGACGCGGAAACUCAUGGAGGAGCUGUUCGCCGCGCCGCUCCCGUCGGGCAGGCCGGCGGCUCUCAGACUGAAGCCCAGCAGGUUGUUUCAGCCAGUGCAGUACGGCCAGAAGCCCGAGGGUCGCACCGUGGCCUUCCCCAGCAUGCACCCGCCCAGGACGGCGGCUUCCGCCGCGGCCACCGCCGCUCCGCAGGGCCACGUGCGAGGACGGCCACCGAUUGCUACGUUCUCUGCAAAUCCGGAUGCAAAAGUGGCGGCAGCCCCGUUUCAGACCUCCCAGGCCUCCGCCGGCGCGCCGAGACCGCCCGCCUCGACCUCCAGCGCAGCACCUAGCGCGGCCCAUCCUGCGAAACCGCGGGCCCCGCCCCCGCCCCCGCCCCAGGCCCCCCCGCACCCGGCCGGGCAGAGCGCGCUGCCUCCGGGGCUGGUGCUCACCUCGCAGGCCCAGGCGCGCCUGCCCAGUGGGGAGGUGGUCAAAAUAGCACAGCUGGCGUCCCUGGCGGGACCGCAGAGCCGAGUUGCCCAGCCAGAGACCCCCGUGACGCUGCAGUUCCAAGGGAACAAGUUCACCUUGUCGCAUAGCCAGCUGCGGCAGCUCACGGCCGGCCAGCCCCUGCAGCUGCAAGGCAGCGUCCUCCAGAUCGUAUCCGCCCCCGGCCAGUCCUACCUGCGGCCUCCAGGCCCCGUGGUGAUGCAGACCAUGUCUCAGGCGGGCGCCCUCAACGCCCUGGGAAGCAAGCCCCCGUCGGGCGGCCCGGGCCCUGCACCCGUGACACCGCCAGUUGGUGCGCCUGGGCGGGUGACAGUCAACCCCCUGGCCACAGGAGAACCUGGCAUGGCCUCAAAAGCGGCCUCCCCCGUCGGAGGGCCGGCCCAGGAGGAGAAGACCAGACUUCUGAAGGAGCGACUGGACCAGAUCUACUUGGUCAAUGAGCGACGCUGCUCUCGAGCUCCCGUCUACGGCAGAGAUCUGUUGCGGAUUUGUUCUGUGGUCGGUGGAGAACAGGCACCUUGGCUCAGGGCUUCUGACAGCGGUCACCAGAAAGGGGCUGGGCCGGCCGGCGGUCACUCCUCACCCUCAAGCGGUCAGAGGGACCUGGUUUUGACACUGACCCAACGGCAAGCCUGCCUGCAGGACGUCAUCGACAGGGUGGUGUGUGUGAUCCCUCCGGUGGUGGCCGCGCCCCCCUCCUUGUGGGUGGCGAGGCCGCCGUCCCUCUACAGCCACAGGAUGAGGGUCCUGAGGCACUGCCUGCGAGAGCACACGGCUCCCUACGCACAGCAGCUGCAGCGCAUGACGGCCCUGCGCUCCCUGCGGUUUCCCGAGCUGAGAUUGGUGCAGUUUGACUCAGGCAAGCUGGAAGCUUUAGCCAUCUUACUUCAGAAGUUGAAAUCCGAAGGACGUCGAGUGCUGAUCUUGUCGCAGAUGGUUCUCAUGUUGGACAUUUUGGAAAUGUUCUUGAACUUCCAUUAUCUCACCUAUAUCAGAAUCGACGAAAACGCCAACAGUGAGCAGCGGCAGGAACUGAUGAGGAGUUUCAACAGAGACCGGCGGAUUUUCUGUGCCAUUCUGUCGACUCACAGCCGCGCCACAGGCGUGAGCCUGGUGGAGGCCGACGCGGUGGUGUUCUACGACAACGACCUGAACCCCGUGAUGGACGCUAAGGCCCAGGAGUGGUGCGAGAGGAUCGGGAGGCGCAAAGACGUGCACAUCUACAGGCUUGUGAGCGGCAAUUCCAUCGAAGAGAAGCUGUUGAAAAAUGGAACCAAAGACUUGAUCCGAGAAGUAGCCGCUCAGGGCAACGAUUAUUCCAUGGCAUUCCUGACGCAGCGUACCAUCCAGGAGCUGUUUGAGGUGUGCUCUCCCACGGACGACGCCGGCUUCCCGGUGAAGGCGGAGGAGUUUGUCGUCCUUUCUCAGGAACCUUCUGCCACGGAAAUCAUCGCGCCCAAAAUUGCAAGACCUUUCAUUGAGGCCCUCAAGAGUAUCGAGUACCUGGAGGACGAUGCCCAGAAACCCGAGGAGGAAGCGGUGCCAGGGUCGCCCGACGGCGACGGCCCAGGGUGGAAGGAAGAGCCAUCGCAGCUGGAGGAGUUAGCAGACUUUAUGGAACAGCUUACACCUAUUGAAAAGUAUGCCCUGAAUUACCUGGAGUUAUUCCACACGCCCGCUGGCCCGGAGAAGGAGGGCAACGGCGAGGACGCCGUGCUGACCGCCGUGACCGAGUGGGAGGCGCGGAACGCCAGGGCCCAGCGGGAGAGGGAGGCGCGGGCGCUACAGGAGCAGGAGCACGAGCAGCUCCUCACCUACACGAGGGAGGACGCCUACAGUGCGGAGUACGUCUGUGAAGGUGCCGACGGGCAGAUGGAGGUCAUGCCGCUCUGGACGCCGCCCACGCCCCCCCAGGAUGACAACGACAUCUACGUGGACCCGGUCCUGUGUCUCACGUACGAAAGCACGCCCAUCCCGGAGUCCAAGCUGCCUCCCGUGUACGUGAGGAAGGAGCGCAGGCGCCACCGCACGGACCCGUCAGUCGCAGGCAGGAAGAAGAAGCAGCGCCACGGGGAGCCCGUCGUCCCUCCGCGCUCGCUGUUCGACCGCGCGACGCCCGGCAUGUUGAAAAUGCGGCGGGAAGGGAAGGAGCAGAAGAAGAACAUUCUGUUGAAGCAGCAGACGCAGUUUGCCAAGCCUCUGCCAACGUUUGCCAAACCCGCGGCCGAGUCGGGCCCGGACAACCCCGAGUGGCUCAUCAGCGAGGACUGGGCGCUGCUGCAGGCCGUGAAGCAGCUCCUGGAGCUACCUCUGAACCUCGCCAUCGUGUCCCCGGCCCACACGCCCAACUGGGACCUCGUCAGCGACGUGGUCAACUCCUGCAGCCGCACCUACCGCUCUUCCAAGCAGUGCCGGAGCCGCUACGAGAACGUGCUCAUUCCGAGGGAGGAGGGCAAGAGUAAGAACAACCGUCCCCUGCGCACGGGCCAGAUGUACGCCCAGGACGAGAACGCCACGCACACCCAGCUGUACACGAGCCACUUCGACCUGAUGAAGAUGACGGCCGGGAAGAGGAGCCCCCCCAUCAAGCCUCUGCUCGGCAUGAAUCCCUUUCAGAAAAACCCCAAGCACGCCUCCGUGUUGGCAGAAAGCGGCAUCAACUAUGACAAACCGCUGCCUCCCAUUCAGGUUGCAUCUCUUCGAGCAGAGCGUAUCGCCAAAGAGAAGAAGGCGUUGGCCGAUCAGCAGAAGGCACAGCAGCCACCCGUGGCGCAGCCCCCGCCGCCCCCACCGCAGCCGCAGCCCCCGCCGCCCCAGCAGCCACCCCCGCCUCUGCCCCAGCCCCAGGCAGCGGGUGGCCAGCAGCCCCCAGGGCCACCGGCCGUCCAGCCGCAGGCCCAGGCGCAGCCCCAGGCACAGCCCGCGCAGCCCCCGCCGAAGGUGCCCCCGGCCAUCACGACAGUGGGCAGCGCCGCCGUGCUGCAGGCGGGAGCCAUUAAAACAUCCGUCACGGGGACAAGCAUGCCCACAGGCACAGUGAGUGGAAACGUCAUCGUGAACACCAUCGCGGGCGUCCCUGCCGCCACCUUCCAGUCAAUUAAUAAGCGUCUCGCUUCACCAGUGGCACCGGGAGCCUUGACCACCUCUGGAGGCCCUGCUCCCGCCCAGGUGGUCCACACCCAGCCGCGAGCGGUCGGCUCCCCGGCCACGGCCUCGUCCGACCUGGUGUCCCUGGCACCCACCCAGAGCGUUCGUGCGGUUACCUCUGUGACAGCCUCGGCCGUGGUCACCACCAGCCUGACCCCGGUGCAGACCCCGACCCGGUCUUUGGUGACUCAGGUGUCCCAAGCCGCAGGGGUGCAGCUGCCCGGGAAGGCCAUCACGCCCGCACAUUUCCAGCUGCUCAGGCAGCAGCCGCAGCCGCAGCCGCAGCCGCAGCCGCCGCCGCCGCCGCCGCCGCCCUCCCAGGUGCAGGUCCCGCAGAUCCAGGGCCAGGCCCAGUCGCCGGCGCAGAUCAAAGCUGUCGGCAAGCUGACCCCGGAACAUCUGAUCAAAAUGCAGAAGCAGAAACUGCAGCUGCCCCAGCAGGCCCCCCCACCGCAGGCCCCGCCAGGGCCCCCACAGCCCGCCACACAAGUGCAAGUGCAGGCCCCGCCACCCACGCCGCAGCAGAGCCCCCAGCUGGCCACGGUCACGGCCCCGCGGCCCGGAGCCCUGCUCACGGGCACCACCGUGGCCAACCUCCAGGUGGCCCGGCUCACCCGGGUUCCCCCUUCGCAGCUGCAGGCGCAAGGGCAGAUGCAGGCUCAGGCGCCCCAGCCGGCCCAGGUGGCGCUGGCGAAGCCUCCGGUGGUGUCCGUGCCCGCGGCCGUGGUCUCCUCGCCGGGUGUGACGACCCUGCCCGUGAACGUUGCCGGGAUCAGUGUGGCCAUCGGGCAGCCGCAGAAAGCUGCAGGACAGACCGUCGUGGCCCAGCCCGUGCACGUCCAGCAGCUGCUGAAGCUGAAGCAGCAGGCCGUACAGCAGCAGAAAGCCCUCCAGCCGCAGGCUGCCCCGGGCCCAGCGGCCGUGCAGCAGAAGAUCGCCGCACAGCAGAUCGCUGCUCAGGGCCAGCCACAGAAGGUCACCUAUGCCACCCAGCCAGCCCUCAAGACCCAGUUUCUUACCACACCCAUGUCCCAGGCCCAGAAGCUGGCCGGGGCUCAGCAGGUGCAGACCCAGAUCCAGGUUGCCAAACUCCCUCAAGUCGUCCAGCAGCAGACGCCCGUGGCCAGCAUCCAGCAGGUCGCCUCUGCUUCCCAGCAGGCUUCCCCGCAGACCGUGACCCUCACCCAGGCGCCCGCGGCCGGGCAGCAGGUGCAGAUGAUCCCCACGGUGACGGCGACGGCGCAGGUGGUGCAGCAGAAGCUCUUGCAGCAGCAAGUUGUGACGACCGCGGCGGCCCAGCUGCAGAGCCCCGGCGUCCCCACCCCGGCCCAGGCGCCAGCCAGCUCCGACAGCCCGAGCCAGCAGCCCAAGCUACAGAUGAGGGUCCCCGCCGUGAGGCUCAAGACGCCCGCCAAGCCUCCGUGCCCCUAGUCCCGAGGGCGGGGCGGCCUCAGGGCGGGUCGCCGGGCGCCGCGCCCCCAGCCAGAGGCGGGUAGACGGUCUGUCGUCGAACCCGGGGACGAUGUCACGUGAGAUGUGCCGCACCUGCGGAGUUCUCCCUGAA